CUGUCAUCCAAGGAAUUGAAGGAUUCUGGUUCCAAGCUUUCCCUAUUCAUAAAUCUGUCUUGGAUAGGAUAACCUCCCUUUGUAGAACUUUCCUUUGGGGGAGCAAGUUCUGUAAGGUUGCUUGGGAGGAUAUCUGCAAGCCCAAGGAUGAAGGGGGGCUUGGUUUGAACUAGCCCUGUAUUUGGAAUCAGGCACUUUUGAGCAAGAACUUGUGGAAUAUUGCCUCAAACAAGGAAACUCUGUGGGUGCAAUGGGUUCACUCUGUUUACCUUGAUGGCAAUGACUUUUGGACUUGGAGCCCUGGGAAAAAGGACUCCCAUUUCUUCAAAAAACUGAUUGAAAUCAGGGACAUGCUGCUACUCAAGUGUGGGGACAGAUGGGAACUUGAAAAUCAACUUUGUGAUCAGGGUGAUAUAUCAGUUACCAAGGUGUAUGACUUACUCAGAACCAGGGUAGUGAUGAGACCCUGGAUGAAGGCUUUUUGGAAACCCUACAUCCCACCCAGAUACUCCUUCUGUGCUUGGUUGAUCUUCCGUAACAGGAUUACUACCAAAACUAGCCUUCAUUUCAUUGCUAUGGAGAAUAGAUUAUGUGAACUUUGCCACAAGGAGGAGGAAACUGGCCAACACCUUUUUUUCAGCUGUGAAACCUCCACACUCAUCUGGAAUGCUGUUAGAUCUUGGCUUGAGAUAGCCCCUGCCCUGUCUACCCUGGACAGAGCCCUUACUUGGCUAAGGAGACUGAAGAAUAACCAUUGCUCUAAGAGGAAGAUGAUAAGGCUGACUAUUCUCAGCACAGCCUACCACAUUUGGAGAUUAAGGAAUGGUGUGUAUUUUGACAACCAGGCCAUAAAUACUGAUGCUAUUGUGUGCAAGAUCAAGGUGGGGGUCUUUAAAAUAAUGAACAGGUUAUAUCCCAAUGGUGGUUAAGGCCCCCCCCCCCCUUGGAUUUCAUUGAUUGGUCUCCCUGGAUGUUGCUUGUGAUCUUUGUGCUUACCCUUCCUAUCCUUGUUGAGGAUUCGUUGGGCGUUUACCCUGGUGGGAUGCUGGACAAAGAGCUAACACUGGGGUCCCUUGGGUAACUGGUGUUAUCCCUAUGCCCAGUUUCUCUGGGGCUGGAAACAUUUCAAAUGUUAGAAACCCUCUUUGGAGGGUCUCUAACCUUUUUUAUGGGUCCUUGGGGGUGAUUUGGUGGGAAACAAAGCAGGCUAUGCUAUCCCCUUCUGGAAUUGUUGAGACUGGCUUGGGUCCAGGGUUUCUCUCUCUCCUGUUUCCCCCCCUCCCCUUCUUUUCUUUCCAUCACCUUCCUUCUACUCCCACUUUUCUAGGAGGCAAGUUAAAUAAUAUGUGCCAAAUCACUCCUUGGAUUUGAUACCUGUUAGCUUACCUUGGCUCCUCUUUGGGUGGUUGGGUUCCUGAUAGCUUGGGUGCUAUUGGGGUGUGGAAACAAACCAUACCCUUUCUACCCCUUCUGGAUAGGUAGGGAAUGGCUUGGAUCCAGGGCUGGAGGGUGUUCUCACCCUCUUUUCUUUCUUUUUCCCCCUCUCCCCUUCUUCCUUCUUCUUGCUUCUCCCUCCUUUCUUGGUCUUCCUCCUCUUUUGUCCCUUCUUCUGUUUCUGGAAACACGCUAAGUUUCACUCAU